AUGAAGCCAUUGUCACUCCUUGUUGCUAUGUUAAAGCUCAUUCUUUUUGUUUUUAACAAAAUUUAAAUGUCUAAGCAUAGGAAAGCUUUAAUUUUCUGGUAUUAAUUGUUAUAUAUGUCAGAAACAGCUAUAGAAUAACAAAGAGUACCUAAAACGAAGUAUUUUUCCUUAAAUUUAUAUUGAAGUAACAAAAAGGGAAUUUUUAAAGAUUAAAUCUUUGAUAUGCUCUAAAUGUUAAUAUCUAUUUAAAAUAGGCUAAAGUAACUAAUAGCUCUAGAUACUAUGCUUAAUCUUUAAUACAAAAUUUGUAAUCUUUGUAAGAAUAUCACGGUCAAAACUUAAAAGUAGAUUUGUAUUAUAAUUAGAAUGAAUAAUUGCCCAAAUAUUUUAAUUGAAUUCGGAAAGCACUUAAUGGUGUUACAUGUAUAGUUUAUCCAUUCUGUUCGUUAUUUCAAACAAUGGAUGAAAAAUCAAACCAUAUACUGUUUGCUUGCAGGUCAGUUCUAUGUGGAGAUUGCUCUGUUGAUAGACAACCAAUAUUGUGACAUAGCAAUCAUUACCAGAGAGUGUGUUGUCCAGAUUAUGUACCAUGGAAAAUAAACGGCAAAGUAAUUUUAGAUCCAGAAUUCGAUAGAAGAAAUUGUACUUAUUGUAAAUAAACAGGGAAACCAUGUUAGUAUUCAAUAAGUUUGUAAGAGUACAAAAAAUUAAAACACUUUUGAUAUUUUCAAAAUGUAUUAAAACAAUUAUAAUCAUCUGAUAAUAAUCAAAACUAAUUAGAGAUGA